AUGCUCAGAUAUGUGCGUUCGUCUGAUCUCAUAAAGUUUAUAAGUGACUUCGACGUAAGGCGCACCACGACCUUUAUUGUGGGGGGGGGGGGGGGGGGGGUGGGGGGGGGGGGGGGGGGGGGGGGGGGGGGGGGGGGGGGGGGGGGGGGGGGGGGGGGGGGGGGGGGGGGGGGGGGGGGGGGGGGGGGGGGGGGGGGGGGGGGGGGGGGGGGGGGGGGGGGGGGUGGGGGGUUAUUAUUUUGGGGGGGGGGGGGGGGGGGGGGGGGGGGGGGGGGGGGGGGGGGGGGGGGGGGGGGGGGGGGGGGGGGGGGGGGGGGGGGGGGGGGGGGGGGGGGGGGGGGGGGGGGGUCCUUUCCCGAAAGAUCCAGGCAAUCAAGGACUUCUCAGCUCCGACUUCCUUCAAGCACCUCCGUCGAUUUUGUGGUUUGGUCAACUACUAUCGACGCUUCAUUCCGCGCUGCGCUCAGCUCAUGCAGCCACUGA